AUGAAGAGCAAGGCACUAUCGAAAUUGCUACAGGCACGCGAACGUCCCGAUGAACCAUCCGACACCGACCCUCCUCCUAGCACCUCACACAAUUGUUAUAACGACAACGAUAGACCAUCCAAUGCCGACCCUCCUCAUAACACAUCGGAGUUGCCAAGCUCUAGUGGCCAGAAAAUCACUAAAGGUGACUUGCAGAUGAUGGGUCAUGUCCCAGACAUGGUUUGGUUCCAUAGGUUUAAUGAGACAUCCACGACCAACAACAGGACGGCAUUAGGAAUGAAGGACGCUGAACGGGGCAAUUGGGCCUUCUCCAUCAUCGUAUGCAGGAAGCUUGAACCUGUCACGAACUUAAUUCAUCGUAUCCUCUGGGAAGAUGGUAUCUAUCGCUGUGACAUCAGCCUCAGCAAUCUCGUGUUUUACCGAACCUCGCGCGCUCGUGUGAUAGGCGUCCUCAAUGACUAUGAUUUAUCAUCGAUUCAAGAUGAUUGUCCCAGAGGCAACAAGCACACGGGAACGGUACCGUUCCUGUCGAUUAGCCUUUUCACCCUCCUAUCAGCCGUCGAAGGUAGCGUCGAGCACGUGUACCGGCACGAUGUUGAAUCGUUGGCCUGGGUUUCUGUCUGGUCUGUUUUCGCUAUGAGGAUGGCAAGCCUCGCAAGAAGAACAAACCUCUCGGCGAGUGGCUUGAUCAGAGUAGACGCACUUACAUGCUGCCAGCUUAAAUGCCACUUUUUGAUGGUGGCGCGUUAUGAGCGCAAGCCCCGGCCUUUGUCAUCACACAGAUCCAACUGGAUACUCGCGAUCGAACACUAUACUUAA